AUGGGCCCCACUCUCCAUGACUUGAGUAAUUCAAGGCAACAAACAACAGGUCCCGACAGUCUCGACGGAGUUCCGGUAAACAUAAGGUUGGACUACGUCACCAAUUCAAUUGUCCGAGACAUAUCAUCAUAUAAUAGCAAACAAUUCCACAUCCAUGCUCUUGGGUGCCAAAAUCUUACAUUCGACCAUGUUACAAUCAAAGCACCUCAAAAUAGCCCGAAUACGGAUGGAAUUCACAUUGGACGUUCAACGAAGAUUAAUGUGAUUAAUUCACAGAUUUCAAUCGGAGAUGAUUGUGUCUCCAUCGGUGAUGGCAGCCGGGAUAUGCUUAUUCAGGGGGUAAACUGUGGACCAGGACAUGGAAUCAGCAUUGGAAGUCUUGGUAUGUACCAAAAUGAACAGCCUGUGUCUAGGGUCAGAGUUAUUGGUUGUAAUCUUACAAACACAUCGAAUGGCGUGAGAAUCAAAACAUGGCCUGAUUCUUAUCCUCGAUCUGCCGCUGAUUUUCUUUUUGAGAACAUUAUCAUAAAUAAUGUUGACACUCCUAUCAUCGUAGACCAAGGUUAUUGCCCAUGGAAUGUGUGCAAACCAGAGAUUCCUUCAAAGGUGAAGAUCAGCAAUGUUAGCUUCAAGAACUUAAGAGGCACUUCUGCGAGAAAGAGCGCUGUCGUGCUUGUUUGUAGUUCAUCACUACCAUGUGAGAAUGUGGAGCUUCGUGACAUAGACCUCAGAUAUAACGGAAAAGAUGGCCCUGCUAAUUCUCGAUGUGUUAAUGUCAAUCCCAUCAUUGCUGGCUACGAGAAUCCUCCUCCUAGCUUAGGGACUGUGAGAAAAAUUUGGCUUAGGAGGAAUGACGUAGUGCAUGGGGGCGUUUUUGUACAUCCCAACGUGCUGAAAAAGGUGAACUGGGAUGCAUCUAUUGCGAAGAAACAGGGCUGGAUGGGUUUUGGGGUGUUGGUGCGUGAUGAGAAGGGGAUAGUGAUAACGGCGGAAUGCAAAACUCUUUUGGGGUGCCGUGAUCCUUCAGUGGCUGAGGCUAGGGCAGCACUGAUGGCGAUUUAUAUGUGUAAGGACCUAAGGCUAAGGCAGGUUCAUCUGGAGCGUGAUACGCAGGUGGUGGUCAGUGCGGUAAACUGCUCGAUGACGGAUUGGAGCAGAAUGGAGCUCCUGGUGGGAGAUAUUAAGCGCGAACUUCGAUCAGUCUUUUCCCCAAUGGCGGAUGACUUAUGUUGGAAGGGAAGGCAACCAUGCGGCACAUACACUAUCCAAAGUAGCAACGACGAGUGUUAUGGAUCAACAAUGGCUUGUUGA